CAUACUGCCCCGCCAGCUCUUCUCUGCAGAAAUUUGCAUCAUGGGCUUGUAGGGAAGGCUUCACUGAGCCAUGGUCUGUUCAGCUGCCCCGCUGCUGCUCCUGGCCAUGACUCUUCCCCUGAUGGGGUCACCAGUUGUCCAAGCAUCCCAACCCGGACAGAGUCAGGCUGGAGGGGAAUCUGGAUCGGGGCCGCUCCUGGACCAAGAGAGUGAAGCAGAGGAAUCAGUGCUGGUCUCCGUCUAUGUACAUCUGGACUUUUCAGAUAAGACCUGGCCCCCUGUGGUCUCCAGGACCCUGGCUCUCCCCGCUGCCUUAGCUUCCUCUGCUCCAAGGCCUCUUCUCACUGGUGUCAGACUCACAACAGAGUGUCGUGUCAACCACGAGGGGUAUUUCUAUUGCGCUUGCGUCUCUGGGUACCAGUGGAACACCAGCAUCUGCCUCCAUCACCCUCCCUGUCAAAGCCCCCACAACCACCAGCCCUGUGACUGCCUUAUCUUUAGCCAUCCCGAACCCGGGUACUGCCAGCUGCUGCCACCGGGAUCCACUGUCACUUGCCUCCCUGCAGUCCCCGGGAUCCUGAGCCUGAACUCCGAGCUGCAGAUGCCUGGCAACACGCUGAGCCUGACUCUCCUUCUGAGCCAGGAGGCCACCAACCUGAGCUGGUUCCUGAGGCACCCAAGGAGCCCCAGCCCCAUCCUCCUGCAGCCAGGGACACAGGUGUCUGUGACUUCCAGCCAGGGCCAGGCUGCCCUCAGCAUCGCAAACAUGUCCCGUCACUGGGCAGGUGAGUACAUGAGCAGCUUCGAGGCCCAGGGCUUCAGGUGGAGCCUGCACAAGGUGGUGAAGGUGCCCUUGAAGGCGACAGAUGUGGCUCGACUUCCAGACCGGCUGUCCAUCUCCUGUGCCACCUCCCCUGGCUUCCAGCUGAGCUGCUGCAUCCCCAGCACAAACCUGGUCUACACUGCGGCCUGGAGGCCCGGAGAGGGCAGCAGAGCCUUCUCCUUCAACGCGUCAGGCUCUGCGUGCUUUGUGCUGGCUGUUCAGCGCUGCCCGGCAGCCGACACCACGUAUACUUGUGACCUGCAGAGCCCAGGCCUGGCUCCACUCAGGGUCCCCAUCUCCAUCACCAUCAUCCAGGAUGGAGACAUCACCUGCCCUGAGGACUCCUCGGUGCUUACCUGGAAUGUCACCAAAGCUGGCCACGUGGCACAGGCACCAUGUCCUGAGGGCAAGAGGGGCGCAGUGAGGCGACUCUGCAGGGCUGAUGGAGUCUGGGGGCCCAUUAACAGCAGCUGCACAGAUAUGAGGCUCCUGGCCUUGUUCAAUAGAGCCAAGCUGCUGCAGGCAGGCCAGGGCAGGCCUGCUGAGGAGGUGCCACAGAUCUUGGCACAGCUGCCAGGGCAGGCGGCAGAGGCAAGUUCACCCUCCGACUUACUGAUCCUGCUGAGCACCAUGAAAUACCUAGCCAACGUGGUGGCAAAGGCCAGAAUACAGCUUGACCGCAGUGCCCUGAAGAAUCUCCUGAUUACCACAGACAAGGUCCUAGACAUGGAUACAGGUUCUCUGUGGACCCUGGCCCAAGCCUGGAAGCCCUGGGCAGCCUCGACUCUCCUGCUGGCGGUGGAGACCCUGGCGUGCAGCCUGCGCCCGCAGGACCAGCCCUUCGCCUUCAGCUUGCCCAAUGUGCUGCAGCAGAGCCAGCUGUUCGGACCCACGUUUCCUGCUGGCUACAGCAUCUCCUUCUCUACUCAGCCCCCACUGCAGGCACAGAUUCCCAGGCUCUCCCUGGCCCCACCGGUCCUUAAUGGAACCGAAAUAAGUAUUACUAGCCUGGUGCUGCGAAAACUGGACCACCUUCUGCCCUCAAACUAUGGACAAGGGCUGGGGGAUUCCCUCUAUGCCACUCCCGGCCUGGUCCUUGUCAUUUCCAUCAUGGCAGGCGACAGGGCCUUCAGCCAGGGAGAGGUCAUCAUGGACUUUGGGAACAUGGAUGGUUCCCCUCACUGUGUCUUCUGGGAUCACAAUCUCUUCCAGGGCAAGGGGGGUUGGUCCAAAGAAGGGUGCCAGGCACAGGCAGCCAGUGCCAGCCCCACUGCUCGGUGCCUCUGCCAGCACCUCACUGCCUUCUCCGUCCUCAUGUCCCCCCACGCUGCUCCGGAAGAACCUGCCCUGGCGCUGCUGACUCAGGUGGGCUUGGGGGCUUCCAUCCUGGCGCUGCUCGUGUGCCUGGGUGUGUACCGGCUGGUGUGGAGAGUCGUGGUGCGGAACAAAGUCGCCUACUUCCGCCAUGCCGCCCUGCUCAACAUGGUGCUCUGCUUGCUGGCUGCCGACACCUGCUUCCUGGGCUCCCCCCUGCUCCCUCCCGGGCCCCGCAGCCCGCUCUGCCUUGCUGCCGCCUUCCUCUGUCAUUUCCUCUACCUGGCCACCUUUUUCUGGAUGCUGGCGCAGGCCCUGGUGUUGGCCCACCAGCUGGUCUUUGUCUUCCACCAGCUGCCCAAGCACAGAGUUCUCCCACUGAUGGUGCUUCUGGGCUACCUGUGCCCACUGGGGUUUGCGGGUGUCACCCUGGGGCUCUACCUCCCUCAAGGGCAGUACCUGAGGGAGGGGGCAUGCUGGCUGGAUGGGAAGGGAGGAGCGUUCUACACCUUUGUGGGGCCAGUGCUGGCCAUCGUAGGUGUGAAUGGGCUGGUACUAGCCAUGGCCUUGCUGAAGUUGCUGAGACCUUCGCUGUCAGAGGGACCCCCAGCGGAGAAGCGCCAAGCUCUGCUGGGUGUGAUCAAAGCCCUGCUCAUUCUCACACCCAUCUUUGGCCUCACUUGGGGGCUGGGCCUGGCCACUCUGUUAGAGGAAGUCUCCACGGUCCCUCAUUACAUCUUCACCAUUCUCAACACUUUCCAGGGUGUCUUCAUCCUAUUGUUUGGUUGCCUCAUGGACAGGAAGGUACAAGAAGCUUUGCGCAAACGCUUCUGCUGCGCCCAAGCCCCCAACACCACAAUCUCCCUGGCCACAAAUGAAAGCUACAUCUUGGAACACAGCAAAGGAGGAAGUGACACUGCCAGGUGA